GCCAAUCAAUUCCUAAUAAUUGUCGUCCCUCUUUUUCUUACCUCCAACUCUUUGGAAGUGUUCAAAUUCAAGAAAAGGGACCUACCCUUGGGAUCCUUCAUGGAAGUUGGUCACUUUGGACCAAUUGACUUGUUGCCUUGCAUUUUGAGAUCUACUUUGAGCGGUUCCAAUGCUGUGUGGAUCAACAAAAACUCAUGCGAAACUGGAAAUUUGAAUUUGAAUUAUGAAGGAGUUACUGAAGAAGCGCAGGAAUCCUUCUUUGUCAAUGAGUGUGAUGGAUGCGUUAUUGAUGAAAAGAUAAUAUAUGCUACAUAUCCCAAUGUUGCCGUUAAGGGCAAGCUAAUGAUCUUGGGGCAUUAUGUAGCAGCAAUUGACGCCCAAGCCUAUUGCGAAUCCAUCAAUUCCACGUUGGUGAUGGUAAAAACAAGAGAAGAAUUCGAAGCCCUUGCUGAUUUAAAAGGAAAUGAAGAUGUACAUAUUGGUCUGAUGUUUAAAGGAAAUAUGCAAGGUUCUUGUGAACAUGGAGAUUGUCAGGACCUCCAAUGGAUUGAUGGCUCAGCUUGGAAAUUCAGCCCAGAAAUCUAUACUGGAUUGUUCAUCAAUGAAAACUCCCAACACAUUAUCAUGGUUAAACAAUUGGAACAAAACCGCUUUCACGAUACCCCAAGCUCCACGUUUAUUAAAGCUGCUUGUCAAGUUUCUUGCAAAUGUGAAUAAAACCCUUGCUCAUGCUUCAAGUUUCAUGCACAAACACACAAAAGAGUUUGCUUAAGUUUAAAACCUUUUUUUUUUAAAG